GUUCCGUGUUGAUAUUCUCUGCAUUGCUCUUGCACAUAAUCAGACAGGAGGAUUGUUUCAUUUCACGGUAAUUGAGUUUUUCUACACAGCUGAGACGAGACUUCACAUCAUUUGGGACACAUAAUCGAUAAUGGAUGCCACAACAGCAACUGGAGUCAUUCAUCCCUACUGGCCAAGGGACCUUUUGAUCCCCGCCUAUGUAGCAAAUGACCGAUCCAUGUCAGAGAUUUUGGUGUUCCUGUUUUCUGUCUCUGGUGUAUUUCUGCUUGUGACCUGGCUCAUUACUGGUCAGAAAGGAGCUGCUGGCAGACUGAGUACCUGGAGGCGUCUGGCUGUAUGCUGGUUUGCUGUCUGUGGUUUCAUCCAUGGUGUCAUUGAAGGCUGGUUCUCUCUGUAUUAUGCGGUUAUUCCUGGGGACCAGAGCUUCCUGUCACAGCUGUGGAAAGAGUACUCCAAAGGAGAUAGUCGAUAUGUAAUAGCAGAUAACUUCACUGUGUGUAUGGAGACUGUGACUGCAUGGUUAUGGGGCCCUUUCAGCUUUUGGACUGUCUUCGCUUUCUUAACCAACAAACCAUACAGAUUUGUUCUGCAGCUGAUUAUUUCAUUAGGUCAGCUAUACGGAGCUGUGCUUUACUUCUUCACUGAGCACAGAGAUGGUUAUGCUCACAGCGAGCUGGGACAUCCCAUCUACUUCUGGUUCUACUUUGUGUUCAUGAAUAUGCUGUGGAUUGUCAUACCAUUUGUGCUCAUCCUUGAUGCUUGGAAACAGUUGUCAGCAGCCCAGACACACACUGAUGUCACAAAGUCACAAAAAUCUAAAUGGAACUGAAACAUAAAUAUAUGGUGGUGCAGGACAGGACAAAAUCACUGCAGAAACACAGGAGAAGCCAAAAUCUAAUCUAAGGGUUGUUGGGAACAAGUUGGUCUACGAUGCAGGAAAAGACAUGUUUUAUGAUUUGAAGUUGCACAUGCUUCAAUCUUUGAAUUGUGUGUGUUUUUAAAUUCAGUUUUCUUUUUUUGCAUUUUUUUGUCUCUGUAUAUCUGAAUACCAAAUGGCUGCCAGCAAACGAGAAAUUCAUUUAAAGGCGCAACAUAUUUCCUUGGUCAUUUGACAGUAUUUUAUAAUUUUGUUAAUGCGUUUUGGAUCUUCAGUAAGUAAAGUUUCAGAGGGGUAAAAUAAAUACA